UGGUACAAUUUGACAUUUAAAAAUUUAUCCUACGAUUCUAAUUUCCUUGUCUUACGUUUUUGGAUGAAUACAAGUUCCCUUACGUACUAUUAGAAUGUACAUAAACAUUUUAUUGUGAUUAAUACCACCAACAAUGGGGACUAACGGCAACGGUCGACGCAGCGGCACAAAAUUGCCCGACGUACGCCGCCCCAUGGAUGAAGGGGAUUGUGUCAACGAUAUGGAUAGCCCCGAAUUAGAUUUUGUUUACGACGACUGUGAUUCCCAAGCAAAUGAAAUAGCUGAACUUUAUAGUUAUACCGAGCACCCCGAAUUUCAGCUCAAUGUGAAAGCGUUCGAAGACAUAAUGGAAGAGUUUAAUUUCCCACCAAGUUGGCAAAGAUUAACUCUACCACAGCAGCGUACUGUAGUAAUGAAACUAUUAGAGCAUUUGGAUGUUGCAGUAAGUGAUGUUCGUAUGCGAUCUGCUCGAUGUAUACUGUACUUAGCGCAGGGCUGUUGGGCAGAAAUGCAAUCUGAUGCAGAACAAGCUCAUUGGGCUCGACUCAAUAUCAUGACACUUUAUGAAAUGGGAACAUUUGCUGCAUUUAUCGAAUUAUUGAAUCUCGAAAUCGUAAGAAGCAGUUCUGCGAUGGCAUCAAGAAAAAUAGCAGAAUCCCUUCCUGAUUCUACUAAUCUUCGAGUUAUUUUGUCUGUUUUGUAUUUAAUAACAGAACACAUGAGAACAGAAAAAGAAAACGCUGAUUCAGAAUAUGCUUGUUUGGUGAAAAACUUUAAAGAAGAACUCGGCACACCUUUUGGUGAGGAACUGUUGCCAGUUAAAUUAUUAAGUAUGGUAACACAUCUUUGCGCAGGAACAACGCCUUAUUUUCCUAUGAAAAAAGUAUUAUUAUUGCUGUGGAAAGUUUUGCUUGUUUACUUAGGUGGUUCAAAAGAGUUAAAAGAGAGAAAAGCCAGAUUACGAGAAAUGUAUGGAUUAGCUCCUAUUAAUGAAGAUACUCUUGAAAUAAUAAAGGGAAUGCGGGCCAGUUCACCUCCUCCUAGUGCCGCUGACAUGCUGGAAAACCAAAACCCAGGACAAAGAAAACUCAAAGAAAAUGAAAGGGCUCUCCGAAGACAGACUUUUAUGAAACAAACAUCCCUUGAUGAAUCUGAUGAGCAAAUAUACGUAGACAAAGAAGAAUCUGGAAAUGGAUCUGAAGAUUACCCAAUGGAGUUUCAGUCUAUGCCUGCUGAUAACAUGCAGAAUCAAAAUACAAAUCAGAACUGCCCGUACUACAUGUAUUUUAAACAAUUUGAUAGUCCCCCUCCCCCUCCACCUCUGCCUAGAAGUCUUCCCUGGCAAUCAAAAGUUCGUCAAAAAGAUAUUGACAUGUUUCUGGAUAAUGUUCGAAUAAAAUUUGUUGGAUAUUCACUACCUGGUGAUAGACAGACAGUUGCUGGACUCCCACAACCAAUUCAUGAAGGGGUUGAAAUAUUAAAAAAACACAUGUACACAAGCCUAUCUGAAGUACAGGCAGAACGAGAAAUUGAGAUAGCAAGGAGUCCCCUGACAAAAGGGGAAAAGAUUGUUGAAGAAACUGAAGCCGAGAUUCUCUACAGAGCCAUGCUUCCUAAUUUACCACAGUAUAUGAUUGCCCUUUUAAAAAUUCUCUUGGCAGCUGCGCCCACGUCUACUGCCAAGACAUACUCUAUAAACAUAAUGGCUGAUCUACUGCCUGAAGAAAUGCCUGUGACUGUUCUACAAUCAUUAAAACUCGGUAUUGAUGUCAAUAGACAUAAAGAGAUUAUUGUAAAAGCUGUGACUGCAAUAUUGCUCCUACUUUUAAAACAUUUUAAAAUUAACCAUGUUUACCAAUUUGAGUUUAUGUCACAGCACUUGGUUUAUGCUAACUGCAUGCCAUUAGUAUUGAAGUUUUUCAAUCAAGACAUUUUGUCAUAUGUUGGUGCCAAAAACACUAUACCCAUAUUUGACUUUCCUGCUUGUGUUAUUGGAGAGCAGCCUGAAUUGACCAAGGAAUGUUUGGAAAUUGGUGACUCAUCAGUACCUUACUCAUGGAGGAAUGUGUUCUCCUGUAUCAAUUUGUUGAGAAUUUUAAAUAAAUUGACAAAAUGGAAGAAUGCAAGGAUCAUGAUGCUUGUUGUGUUUAAGAGUGCACCAAUACUGAAACGCACACUUAAAGUGAGGCAUGCUUUGAUGCAAUUUUAUGUCCUGAAAUUACUAAAAAUGCAAACAAAGUACCUUGGAAGGCAAUGGAGGAAAACAAAUAUGAAAACUAUCAGUGCUAUUUACUCUAAAGUCCGCCAUAGAUUAAAUGAUGAUUGGGCGUUUGGCAAUGAUGUAGAUGCUAGACCAUGGGAUUUUCAAGAAGAAGAAUGUGCACUGAGGGCUAGUGUUGACCGUUUCAACCACAGAAGAUAUGGUUCAGGAGGGGGACAAGAAGUUGAUUUGACUCCGGUUGAUACAGAUAUUAACAGUGUACUCGAAUCAAAUGUGGAGUUAGAUGAAGAAUUCAAGGACAAUUAUGAAUUAUGGCUGGAACAAGAGGUCUACAACAAUGAAAUAAACUGGGAUGUACUCUUAUCCACAUGAAAUUUAUAAAGCUCAUGCAAGGAGAUGAUAUUUCCUAAUUAUUUGAAAGUUAAUAUUUAACUAUUUCAGUGUUUUAAUAGCAGUGCUUUUGAACUUGAUACUUUUAUACAGUGAGAUUAUCCAUUAUUUAACCAC